AUGGUUAAUGUGUUGGGCUUCAACUUCCUGACGGGGUCGCUGCCUGGCAGCAUAGCGGCACCUCUCAAGGCUCUGGACGUGCAGUUCAACUUCCUUGCUGGCUCCUUCCCCGCCCUCAGCCUCGCCUUCUGCUCCGCCCGCAUCAACUGCUUUGCUUCCAUCGCCAACUGCAAGCACCCCACAAGGCCCGCUGAGAUCCCGCGGGCAGCAGCAGCAUGUGCCAUAUGCAACACCAUGAACGCUCAGGGUAAGCUCUGCAGCAACAACGUCGGUGGUGGAAUCUGCAGUGUCAUUCUUCCUCCUUCGCUCCUGCUCCCACCAGCCACACCCAACAGUGCCUCAUCGCCCGUGCUCCCUCUAGUAUGCACCGCUUCUGCAAGUGUGCCCAUAAAUGCGACUCAUGCCGCUGCGCUGAUGAAUGUGAAGGUGGCGCUGGGAGUGUCGUUUCCAGACUGGCGGGGCGAUGCCCUCUGCACCCUCGUGGGCUCGCCAGUCCCGGCCCCCAACACAUGGAAUGGCGUCGCCUGUGAUGAAUCGGGGAAAGUGCUCCGAGUGUCGCUCAAGGGGCAGGGCCUCACAGGGAGCAUCCACUCGGAGAUCUCCAAGCUCACCACCCUCACCGUGCUCUACCUGCAGUACAACUACCUCUAUGGCGUCUUCCCCUCGGCCCUCCUUGCCCUCAAAACCCUCUCAACAGUGUGA